CAUAUACCCUGUAAAACUGGAAAAAAACAUCUUUUAAUUCAUUCUGUUACUACCUAUUAAAAAACUCAUUUAAUUCAUUCUGUCACAAACCACUUAUUGCAAUGAAUUAGAGCCUACUGCAGCAUCAACAGGUACAAGACAGAAAAUCAAACUCUGGAGAGGACAUCAGUAUAUGUAUCACAGGUUCAAAGAUUCAUAGCAGGUUAUUAGGCUAAUGGCCCAAGAACCCUUUCAAGCCUAGCCAUAUUUAACUCGUGUUUCACAAUUCUCAAAAGCUACUUGAAUGAAGUACACAGAGGUAUGAGCCUAUGCUAUGUUAUCUAAUACUGGCUGCCUCUGUCCAGAAGGGACAUGGGCGGCACCCCAGGAGUAAAUUUACGAAUACUCAUCCACUGGUCUAGGUUGCUCUUGAAGAGAGUCAGGGAAGGGCUUUGCUUUAUGAGAACGGAAAUCUUGUUCCAGAGAAAGGUUACUCUCUAAGAGAUGCAUCUAUCUAUACAACAUGAUUUAUUUAUGUCAGAGGGUAGGUACAGGAUGUACAGACAGUCACUAACACAUGGCACAUACACCUACAAGCAAUUUGAAGGACUGAAAAUUCAUCUAUGACAUGCUUUUGGGAUGAUGAAAAAAAACACAGCAUCAGGUGAAAACCCAAAUAUACAAAGGGAAGACAUGCAUACUCAAUAGAGAAAUAGAGAAGGCACUACAGACAAUAAACAACAUGAAGAACCAAGCAUCAAGAUGCAGUGUGCUAACUACUGAACUAUUAAAGUUGCCUGUGAAAAAAAAUUCUGACACACUCAGCUGCAUAAAUGCCUUACCGCAGGAAUUUCUGGGGAAAACACAUGGCUAGUUAGCAUGGGUUGAUCCAUGGAGUGCCUCAAUAGCAUCUGUAAUAGGCCAGAAAGGCAACUCACCAUGUUGCUGCACCCCUUUGAGAUAAAUACUGUGGGAGGGCUAUCUCUGAAUUACAAAUUGUUACUGGCUUACUGCCAGUUGGAAAAUAAACUUGCCACAGUCUAUUUUAAUGAAGCUAACUUUUCUUAGGCUUUCUAUUAAUGGUGCAUGCAUGUCUUUGGUGCUGCUACCUUAUACUGGUACCAUGUGUAAGGACAUGACCUACAGUCUAAUUUUAGUAGUUUCUAAUGAUGUGACCAAGUCACUUUUGUAAAAUGUUCUUCUUAAUGUAAAAAAGAUAUUGCCUGCCUUUCGCCUUAAGUAUGCUAACCAGGUUGUCAAACAGAUGCAUAAAUAAACAGUCAUUGUAUUAAUGGUAAUCACAUUUUUGCUCUAUUUUAAUAACAGGUGGAAACUAUUGGAGAUGCUUAUAUGGUGGUAUCAGGUUUGCCUAAGAGAAAUGGAAACAGACAUGCUGUGGACAUUUCAAGAAUGGCUUUGGAUAUUCUCAGCUUCAUAGGGUCCUUUGAACUUGUUCAUCUCCCAGGACUGCCUUUAUGGAUUCGGAUUGGAAUUCAUUCUGGUCCUUGUGCUGCAGGAGUGGUUGGCAUUAAAAUGCCUCGUUAUUGCCUCUUUGGUGACACAGUUAAUACAGCUUCUAGAAUGGAAUCUACAGGCUUUCCUUUACGAAUCCACAUCAGUCAGUCUACAAUCAAUAUUCUUCAAAGAACAGAAACUAAGUUUGACUAUGAAGUGAGAGGAGAGACUUUUCUAAAGAAUGAAUUUAUUACCAGUUAG